UCUCAUCUUCCCCAACUGGUCACUGACGAGACUUCACUCCCUGUCUCCUCCGUGAACCCCACCGCCGUGACUUUGAAUUGAGGCUGACGACCACUGAAUCAGCUUCACAUUCACAUCCACAUCCUCGGAAUCUCCAAGCUGAAAGUUUGGGAAUUUGAAUUUGAUCUCAGAUGGAUAGGAUAAGUCAUCUGCCUGAACAUCUUCUUUUGAAGAUUCUGUCGUUUCUGCCUAGUACCAAAGAUGUUGUGGCCACAAUGGUUUUGUCCAAACGGUGGCAGUUUCUAUGGACGCUUGUGCCAAGACUAGUCUACGAUGAUGACGAUUGGAAUACCAGGGAAGAAGGAAGUUUUUCGAGGUUUGUAAACAUAUCUUUGCUUUUGCACGAGGCUCCUGUUCUAGAAUCUUUGCAGUUCAAUCUCGGUGAAAAUUCUAGUGAUGUUGAUAUCGGAGUAUGGGCUAGAACUGUAUCUAGACGCCAUGUGCGUGAGCUGGUUAUCGAGAUUGAUAGAUCUUCUUGUACAGAACGGCCCGUCCUUCCCAAAAGCUUGUACUUGGUAUCUGGAAUGCUUGUGAAGUUGAAACUUGAGAACGUGAUUCUUGCUGCUGAUGUUUCUUCAACCGUGUCUUUCCCAUCUCUCAAGGAACUGAGUCUUGUAUCCAUCAAAUACCCAGGUGGUGAUGAAUCUGUCACCAAGCUUCUAUCUAAUUGUCCGGUUCUCGAAGACUUGUUUGUGGACCGAUGGCCUGAUGAUAACGUUACCGUUUUCACCGUGAGGGUGCCUUCUCUAAAGAUUUUAUAUUUGUGUGAUGCACCUUACAAAGAUAGCGACAAUGGAGAAGGGAUUGUGAUAGGUGCUCCUUCUUUGGAGACGUUUACUAUUCUUGAUUGUACGGAUGGGUUUUUUAUCAUUGAAAAUGAAAUGCCUAACAUUGUAAAGGCACGUAUUGACGUUUUCUAUGGUCAUUCUGGGAAGAUUCUGGGAUCUAUAACUCCAGUCAAGCAUCUCUGUUUAUGUUUAUCAUCUUUUGAGCAUUCAUAUCCUGGUGGUUGUGUCUUCCACCGUUUGGUGAAUUUUACUCUAUGCAGAUGUGACAAGCAGUGGUUGAACCUGCUUAUGUGCGUGCUCAGAGAUUCACCUAAAUUACAAACUCUCAAACUUGACCAGCACCAUAGCUCUCGGGCUAAUCAACCUAAACCUAGCCCAUGUUGUAGUGAACCGAGCUUAGUUCCCGAAUGUUUGAUAUCGAGUCUUGAAACUCUCGAAUGGGUAGAUUAUGAAGGAACUAAAGAAGAGAAAGAAGUGGUGGAAUUUAUCUUAAGAAACGGUCGCUGUUUAAGAAAGGUGACUAUCUCCUCUAAACCCACUGCCCCCGAGGAGAAACUUGAGAUGAUUAAGGAGUUAACAUUGUCGUUCAGGCGUUCACCUAUCUGCCAGCUUGUAUUCAACUGAAGCUAUACUCAGACAUGUCAAGUUACAUCGUGUUUGGUCUGAAUCCUAGAUUAGCUAUUAUAACGUUUUAUGUUUUCUUUUGUUCUUCCAACUUUAACUUUUGGAAAUUUUUUUCUAAAAUAACAUUUUGUUUCAA